AUGUCCAAGUCAAAGGCUCCAAAAAAGUAUCAUAUUCCGCUUAUCCCUAUCAAUCUUGAUAUGCGAGAUAAUGCUGAAAACAUGUUGAAACAAAUGCUCAUGAAGGCCUCGCACAUUUAUGAGGAAUCCAGUAAGGGAUGCAACAGUUCUGCAACAGAAUGUUUCCAUCUUGAGCAAGGAUAUACUUCCGGUGUCACUGUUGGACAAAUGUAUAAUUGGAUCAAGUUAAUGGGUGUGCUAUCAGACAAAGAUAAAAAACGGAAUGCCCUUUCACUUUGGCUUUUGCUUAAUGAGCCAACAUACCCUGACAAGGAUGAACUUGAUGAAGACUUCACAAUGAAGUCUGCGAGAAAGUCACUUGCCAGUGGUGUAAAGGCCUCACCUAGUACACGACAGUCCAAGCGAAAGCUGCAGUCAGCUGGCAUCCUUUCAGUUUCUAAGCGGGCAAAGCUUUAUUCUGUGAAUUUGCCUCGUAUCAAGUGGAAUGCCAAAGGCACUUUUGUCGGAAUGGUAACAACAGAGAUCCCACGCAAACCAACUGAUGGUUCAGAAGAUGAUUGUACUCUGUUAUUCAAGACUUUCCUUGCUGCACCCCUUCUAUUAUGUGAUGGCUUAUAUAAGGAGAGGAAGUUUUGCGGUAAUACUGAUAUCACACAGAAUGAAGAUUCAUUGGGCCUUGUUAUUGAUGCAUAUGUUUAUCACACAUUGUUAGAUAGUGGGAAAACAGUGCUAUUAUCAGAUUUGCAAGGCAUUAUUGCUCCAAAUGCUACUGUCACAUUGUUUGACCCACAGGCUCACACGUAUGAUAAUACCUUGCUCACAUUAUUUGCAUAG